AAGUUAGUCCGAGUGGUGGGAGCAAGCGGACUUCAGAGCAUCAUGGGUACUCAGUGGGUAGUAGUGGUGGUGGCAGUCGCGGCUUGUGUCCUGCACAGCCCCGAGGCCAGGCCCACCCAGACGUCUCCAUCCAAAGCCGCCUCUUCGGCCUCCUCCCCGAAAACCUCCGUCCGCCUCCAGAACCUGUCCCAGACGGUGAAGGGCGACCUCAACCGCGUGUGGAACUCGCAGCUCGACCGACAGCGGGCCAAGGUCAACCUGCCCGAUAACACAGUCAAGUUUUUCGACCGCCCGGGCGAGGGCCGCUAUCUCUACGGCUUCGAGGCAGGCGACGACGGCCGCACGCACAUGCAGGCCUCCGACGGCAAUGGCCAGACCGUCGGGAAAUACUCGUACACCGACGCCUACGGCAAGGAGGUCGAGGUGCACUACGUGUCCGACGACAGCGGGUUCAGGGUGAUCAGCAACAACCUUCCUGAAGACACCGAGGACGUGAAGAAGGCCAAGGAGGAAUUCUUCAAGUUCUUCGAGGAGAGGAAAGCCGCUCAUCAGGCAGACAAAGACAACGCCGCCGUGGUCGGGAUGAUCGGAAAGUCGGCCGUUCCGGUGGCCGUUGCGUCGACGGCGGCCAAGGCUGCUGUGGCGGAGGGAGAAGACGGAGGCGAGGAAGGCGACGGAGGGGAAGAAGGUGAAGGAGAGGAAGGAGAAGAAGGUGAAGAAGAGGAGGAGGAAGAGGAAGAAGGAGAGGAGGAGGAAGAUGAUGAGGAAGAAGAUGAAGAUGAAGAAGAAGACGACGAAGAUGAGGAAGAGGAGGAAGAUUCAGACGAAGAGGAGGAGGAGGAAGAUUCGGACGAAGAGGAAGAGGAAGAUUCAGACGUAGAAGACAGCUCUUCCUCAUCAGAAGAAGACAGCAGCAGUAGCAGCAGCAGUGAGGAGGACAGCGAUGAGGAGGAGGAAGACAGCGAUGAAGAUGAGGAAGAAGAUGAUGAGGACGAAGAAGAAGAUGAAGAGGAGGAAGACGAUGAAGAAGAAGAUGAUGAUGAUGAAGAAGAGGACGAUGAGGACGAAGAGGAUUCCGACGAAGGGGAUGACGAGGACAGCAGUUCGUCUUCCUCCUCCUCCUCCUCCUCCUCUUCCUCAGAGGAAGAUGACGAGGAAGAAGACAGUGACGAGGAGGACGAGGACGCCAUGAGCGAGCAGAGUUUGCUCAGUAAGUUCCAGAGGGAUUUCGGCCGGAGACUUUAUACCACAAAGAUCUAUUACCCCGGCACAGCCAAUACGAUCUGAUAGGGAGAAAUAUCCUUCAUAUUUUCUUUUCCUCAGAUUUUGACCGUCGAUUUUGGAAGUCGAAAUGGGAGAUAAUAUAUCUUCUUGGUGUCAGCUGAUCCCGGCCGAUUUAUUUCUCUCUCUCAAAUAACACAUGUGUAUAGUUUUUCGAAGAUGGUGUUCAAUAGGAGGUUUCCCGUGCCUUCACUUCAUCCUUUGUACAGUGCUAUAGUAUUUAUGUACAUUCGUGUUGUGCUGUUCCUCGUUUUCCUGCGCUGUUUGGUGACAAGAUGGUGCUGUUCUCGCCCCUUCCUAAUACUCCUGAUGGGGAUCCUUCCUUGAAUUUCGAGAUUCCUUCAAAAAUCCAUUUCUUUGGAAGAAAAGUCUUUCGAUAAAAAAAAAUAUAUAUAUAUAUUCUUGCAAGGUCUUCCAAAUCAGUGAUAAAAAAUGAGUAUAUAAAGUUCGUCCUCUUUUUUUUUUCAAAACUGCGAAAGAAGGAACCUCAACUGGAGAUCAGUAUUGGAUAGAAAUCUCCUCUUGGUAAUCCAUGAAGAUGCUGAAGUGAUCUUUGAAUCGCAUGAGAUGAAAAUGAUACCGUGCGUUCGUUUGCUCUCUUUUUUAUUAUCAUUAUUUUCUUUCAUUACCGGACCAAUGUAUCAUGGUUCGCCAACAAGGAAGUUCUACCAAAGGUUACCAUUUAUUUCUGCCAGAGAUUGACAAAGAAUAUAGCAAUUUUAGAUAACAUUUGUAGUAGAUAAUGCUCUUGUGAUUUCCUCUCCAAACCCUGUAUUGUCUUUCUCUAAAAGUUCUUAUUUCAUAUUGACCGCUCCUCCCACGAAAUACAUUCCUCGAGCUAGUCUCUUCAUGCAAAGCUUCAUAUACGUUUUGGAAUUCCCGCGUUAAAUUCCAGAAAACAAUAUAAUGCAAAAUAUAUAUCGCUAUUUUUGUAAACGCAUAUUAAAAGGACAUAAACAAUAACUUUGUAUAAGACUAGCAUGGGGAACCAUUAGCAAGGAUACGAACUACUGCAGCUCUGUAGUGCCCACUUUAUAAAAAAAGAAGUAUAUAUUUUUUAAAAAGUUCUUGUAAAACAAUAAACUACAAAAAUGUUGUA